AUGGUGGUUGGAGAGUUCUCAUGUGGUUGUUUGAGAGAAAUGAAGAACUUGAGCUGCCAUGUUAUCGCUGGGCGUUGGUUCAUGUUCUAUGCAUCUUUGCUUAUCAUGGCUGCUGCAGGUUCAGUUUAUAUGUUUGGCAUGUACUCUAACGAGGUCAAAACCUCUUUGGGGUAUGACCAAACCACUCUCAACUUGCUCGGCUUCUUUAAAGAUAUGGGUGCCACAGUUGGAAUCAUAUCCGGGUUGAUCAACGAGGUAACACCACCCUGGGUGGUACUCUCAAUAGGGGUUCUUAUGAACUUCUUUGGCUACUUCAUGAUAUGGCUUGCAGUCUCUGGCCGCAUUGCCAAACCCCAACUUUGGAAAAUGUGUCUCUACACUUUCAUUGGUGCAAAUUCUCAAACCUUUGCCAACACUGGUGCUUUGGUCACAUGUGUCAAGAACUUCCCAGGAAGCCGUGGUAGUCUUUUAGGCCUACUCAAAGGUUACGUUGGUCUAAGUGGAGCAAUCAUCGCUCAGUUCUACCAUGCCUUCUAUGGUGAUCACAACCCUCAAGCUCUCAUCUUACUCAUUGCGUGGCUUCCUGCUGCUGUUAACUUCCUUUUCCUUCCAACAAUUCGGAUAUUCAACAACGUUUACUAUCACCGUCCCAACGAGAACAAGGUUUUCUAUCACCUUCUAUGGAUUUCACUUGCCCUUGCUGGGUUUCUCAUGGUUUUGAUCAUAAUGCAAAGCAAGCUCACUUUUACAAGGCCCGAAUUCGUAGCCGAUGGGGUUGUGGUUCUUUUCCUUCUUCUUCUCCCACUUGCUGUGGUAUUCAGAGAGGAAAUAAAGCAAUUGAAAGCCAAAACUCAAGGUGUGACCGACUCAACCUCCCAGUUGAAAGUAGUCACUGAAAUUAUUCCACCUCCAAACGUGGAGCAAGAAGUACCAGCAACAACAGGUUCGCUCGAGAAAACUUCUUGUUUCAGGAACAUACUCAACCCCCCAAAGAGGGGAGAAGACUACACCAUUCUGCAAGCACUUUUCAGUAUUGACAUGCUGAUUCUGUUCGCUGCAACAAUAUUUAGUGCUGGCGGAGCAUUAACAGCCAUAGACAAUCUAGGACAGAUUGGAAGGUCAUUGGGAUAUCCGAGGAAGAGCAUCACGACAUGUGUGUCCUUGUUAAGCAUAUGGAACUAUUUGGGACGGGUAGUUGCAGGUUUUGCCUCUGAGAUAUUGUUGAUCAAAUACAAAGCCCCUCGUCCCUUCAUGCUCACUCUUGUUAUGCUUCUCUCUUGUGUUGGCCAUAUUCUGAUUGCCCUUGGCGCCCCAAAUUCCCUCUACUUCGCUUCCGUGAUUAUAGGGUUCUGUUUGGGAGCACAGUGGCCGCUAAUGUUUGCGAUCAUAUCAGAAGUAUUUGGCCUUAAACAUUACUCCACGUUGUACAACUUUGGAGCCGUGGCAAGCCCUGUUGGAUCUUACAUUCUAAACGUGAGACUGACAGGUGUUUUGUAUGAUAAAGAGGCUUUAAAACAGUUGAAGGCCAAAGGACUCUCGAGACAAGCGGGGAAGGAGCUUAACUGCGUUGGAGUGCAGUGCUACAGAAUGGCGUUUGUCAUAAUCACGGCGGCGACGCUGUUUGCCUGCUUUAUUUCGUUUGUUUUGGUUCUGAGAACUAGAAAAUUUUACAAAGGGGAUAUCUAUAGAAACUUCAGAGUGGAACAUGUAACCGAAGAGAAUGAGAUCACCGAAACUGGUAUCAGAGUUCUGCUAGAAACUGAAGGACACGGAAGUGCAUUAGGAGAACAGGAUAAGAAAAACACAAAAUGA